AUGGCUACGGCGACGAAGAAGGACAACUCUUGGUAUCUUACGAGAAAAGGCUACCACUGUUGCAACGACCCAGGUCAUUACAGGAGCGGAAUAACGCCGUACACCAGUGACCACCCCGUUCCAGGUGCUACGGGCGUGGGCGAAAUCACUCUAACCUCUCCGCAGUCGGAUCUGUCGCAAUGUGACGGAUUGAAGACGUUGAAAAUUCAGUACGUGAUAUUUGCGAGGGACCAUGCCAACGAGCUCAGCCAGAGUCUUCUUGAAAAGACACAUCCGUCUAUCAAGGUUAUCGAACAGGCAAACGGCACAGUCGGACUACAAGACGAUUACUUUGGGCCUGAUCCAUUCCUCAUCUGCACUCGGCUUGAAGCAAGUGUGUCGAGCGAGAGCCGGAAAUGA